AUUCAGACCGCAUUCGGAAGACUUCGACCUAUUUCGGUCGCAUUUCAGGAAAUCGGCCGGAAGACGUUCCCAAUGUUCGAACACACAUGAACUGAUGACGUUCUUCACAGAUGGGGUUAUAAGAAAAGGCUGUUCAGAUUUCACCAAAGCUGAUUUUUCGAAAAGAGUCUGAGUCACCGAAAAAGAACAACCAACAAUCCGAGAGUGCCACUGGUUAGGUGGAGUUGACAAAUCGCCAUGUGUGACAGCGAUAUGAAAGAUAUGGACAGACUGUUACGAUAUCUGUGCUUCGGCUCCGAGUCUUGUUUCAAGGUGUGCAGCCCGCCCGUCGGUCCGGUCCCUGCUUUCCUCAUGAACCUGCUGGGGGAUGGGAAAGGGGAAGAGGUCGUGCGCGAGGUGACCCGGUGUCACUCUGACAAGCGGUACGUCAGUCGAACGGGGAUGUUCAUCACGCUGGCCGUGUGUGUGCGUACCGAGUGCCAGAAAACAAAACAAGCGGCCUUGAAAGCAGCCCAGGAGAUCUGCGUCCUGCCCAGCGAUCUGUUCGGGUUCAUCCACUAUGCAAUGAGUGUGGCCGAGUCACAGAAGGGCUGGGGAAGAGCCAUGAGGAACAUGGUGCACACGUGGUACAACUCGAGGAACGGCAAGGAACUGGCCGCGCUGACCACCAGGUUCAAGACAUCUGCAGGCUGGUCUCAUGUGGAUCUGUUGAGGCUCAGCCACAUAAAAGCUACAAAUCCAGGUGUUGAACUUGUAUUGAAGUACCUGGCCAAGGGAAUGGAGGCUGCCAGGAAUCUGGUUGUGGAGGACUCGAGUAGUGACGUGAAGGAGAUUCUCGAGUACCUGCAGGCUGUGGACACGGUGAAACACUCGCAGGAUGACCAGCAGAUUGCACGGCUUGUGGAGCAGCACAGGCUCACUAAGGAACACAUACCCACCCCGAUGUUGAAAUCUCUGGAGGUGUGGACCACUCUUGUGAGUAGUCUCCCCUUGUCUGAACUUCUCACCAGCUUUGGCAAGUUGACAAGUAUUGGUCUGCUGGAGAAAGACUCCCAGGCGGCAGGCACAGUAGUUUCGAGACUGAGCAAUGCCAGUGAAGUUAAAACAUCAGGAAUCAACCCCAUGUCUGUUUUGGUGGCCCAGCGAGUGUACGAACACAACAUCUACAAGAAGGACAAAUUGAAACACAAUAAAGCUGUUGUAGAGUCACUCGACGCGGCGAUGGCCAGCGCUAUUAGUCAGAACAUGCCUAAAACGAACAAAAAGUACUUGAUAGCAGUUAAGCUUGGUCUGAACCACACCCGAGCUAAAGGAACACAUCGUGGCAAUUCUGUGCGUGGGACCGAGGCUCUAUCACCAUCUUUUGCCGCUGCUGGCGUUGCUCACAUCCUCGUCAAUGUGGAGAGUCAAUGUCAGCUUGUGUAUUUCGUGUCCGAGGUGUCACAACUCAGCCUUACAAAGGAGAAAAAAAUUGUUGACAUCUGCAAAGAUAUUGCUGACGCUUCAAGUUCGAUGGAAGCUGUCCUGGGCAGGUGUGACCUGUCAGCCCCAAUACAGUGGGCCGAACGAAAGAAACUUGUUUUUGAUGUGUUUAUCAUACUCACCGACUGCAAAGACUCAACCAGCCAGCCAGCAGAGGCACUACGCAAAUACCGAACAAGUCUGAAUCUACCUCAAACCAAGUUAGUUAUCUGCGGACUGACGGCGAGCCAUGUACAUCCUGCAGACAGCAACGACAGCAACAUUCUCGACAUUGCCGGCUUCAACUCCAGUGUGUGCCAGGUCAUCUACAACUUUGUUUGUGGCAACAUCUAGAAAGUGGUGUUCAGUCCAAAUGUCGCCACCAUUUGACUGAACCAUGUAACUCCAGUCGAGACCGUUUGCUGGAGAGACUGUCCUUGUCUGUGGCUCAGAUCCAAUGUGACAAAGGGAGGCCAGUUGACCAGGAACUAGAACACUAAAACGUCUGUAGGUCCUGUUGGGAGGAGGUCUAGCUGUACGAGUUAGAAGAGUGCUUCUUCUGUAGCAGUGGUGUUUGCUGAAAUGCUUGUUUUUUUCAUUAAUGCAUCCAUUUCGCUGGUAGUAACUGGUUUUCUGUUCAGGGAUAUAAAAAGAAAAGAAAAAACCCACUUGAAAACUGUUACUGUUUUCUGUUCUUUGAUGAAAAGAACACAAUAACUCUAUUUUUAGAGAUUCUGCAGCAGAUAUUUUGUCUAAAGUCAUAAUCAUCUCUGCCCAUUACUGUUUAACUGCUGAAAAGUGAUUUUGUCUAUUGCUGUUUCACUAACAAUAAGGGUUUUCCCUGUUUUUAUUUUACUGGUAACACAAAAUUCCGUAUUCCUGUUUGUCUCAUAAAAGAGGGUUUCCUUACAAUUUCAUUGAGGGAUUUUUCUACUACCAUUUCAUUGAUAACAAAGAGUUUUCUUACUGUUGUCUCAGUAGUAACAAGGCAUUUUUUCGACUAUAGUUUCAUUGGUAACAUAGGGUUUAUCAACUACUGUUUCAUUGGUAACAAAAGGUUUCCUUCUGAUUUUCUGGAAAUGAGGGGUAUCCCUACUAUUUCAUUAGCAACAAAGGGUUUCCCUACUACUGUAUCAUGUAAUAACCAGUAUUUGUUACAAAAUAAAAACAUUUGUUGCAAUUUAUGAAGAUUAGUAAAUAAUUGGGGAAUUUUUUUCUAGUCCUACAAAGGGUUUCCCCGCUGCUGUUUUAUAUUUAGUGAUAAUAAAGAAGUUUUUCUACUACUCUAUCAUUGAUAACAAAAGUGGUAAUGCGGGGUUUCCCUACUGUUUCAUUGGUAACAAAGGGUUUCCCUAUUACUGUUUCAGUGGUCAUAAAGGGUUACCCUACUUGAUGUUUUAAUGAUAAUCAAGGGGUUCCCUUACUACUGUAUCAUAGGUAACAAAGGGUUUCCCUAUUACUGUUUCACUGGUGAUACAAUGUUUGCUGUUGCCUUACUGGGAUGUUGAAUGCUCCACACAAAUCAUUCCACUCUGCUAGCUCACUGAAUGAAAUUCACAACUUCACCAUGCUGCAUUUCAGACAUACAUGAUACCAGUGUUUUGUUACAUUGUUUUUUAAACUGGACUUUUCUUAGCAUUUUGACAUGUGAUUUAUAUUGUAACUGAAUGCCAUAUUAGUAUGACUGUUCCACAAAUGCAGCUCAGAUGUAUGUAUGUUGGAAAUCUAAUUUUGUUACCUUAAUAUAUAAAACCAUUCAUAAACAAUUAAAUUACUACAUAUAUUUUUUAAUAUAUAUUAUAUAAAUAUUGUAAUGAUAAUGAUCAGUCUGAUAAUUUAUGACUGCGUGUAUCAGUUGUUUUGUCAUUCUUGUUCAAUAUCAUGAGCUCACCUUAUUGAAUAGAAAGUGAACCAGUUCUCACUGCAUAUCUCACUGACAGAAAUUAGUUUUUCAGAGUUUGUGAUAGCUUUUAUUUAUAAUCUGACAUUAACACAGAGUGACAUCAGUUUUGUUUUCUUUCAGUUUACUUGUCUAGUCUUUAAAUCACAUGUAAGAAAGAAUGAAACAGGCUAGAAAAAAGAAACGAAAAGAAAGAUACAGGUUUGAAAAUUUUAUUUGAGAUAAAAUGCCCUAAUAAUUUACAUGAAAAAUAUUACAUUCACCGAUACCAAUGCUACACCAUCCAGGAAUUCAGGAAUGGGAACUGGUCCCCAGAACACGAUCCUUACACAUGGUUUACAUAGAGAAUAACUAGUUAAUGACGUCGGAUAUCUGCUUUAUCCUGUGAAGGUAAAAACAGAAAAUUCUGCGAGGCUCCAUUAACUAGUUAUUAUCUUUAUCCUGCAGACCAUAAACAUUAAGGAGAAAAGCUAUUAUUUCCUUUAUUUCGGCCACAUUGUAAAAUGACCUAGAGGUUAAAUGAGCCAUUUUGUAAUGUAGGCUAUACGUGUGACGUCAAAAGUCAUACCCUGCUAGUAGCAGGAUAUGACUUUGCUUUAUCUGUCAUCAUAUUCUGUCAGUAAAAACUGUGAUUGCAGGAUAAAGUUUAUUCUAGAGACAAGCCAAUGCCUUGUAGACAUGCAUCUGGGGGGUGAUACUCUCGGUUGAUUUCUUUCGCUGAAAACCACAGUAUCACCUUCCAGGACACAUAUUUUCGAAGCUAUCUUAAAGCUAUGAUAUCAUAAAACUGUUUUAGACUAUGACAUCACUAUGAUACAUCAUAGCCCCCAACAGUUUUACAAUAUUUUAGCACCAAGAUAGCUUCGAAAAUAUGGGUUGAGAUUUCCAAGUGGACGAAUGAAGGUGGUCAACCAUCCUGUUCACAGAAUUUAUUAUGGUGGCCACAUUUAGACAUGUUAAUGUUUCUAACUUUUCUUUUUGAGGCAUUAUUACAAAAACUGUUUCUGUCAGUUUCUUUCUUUUUUAGUUGAACAUUUCUUUUCUGUUUGUAUACCUUUAAAUCCACCAAAAUGAUUGUUACGUAGUAAGUGUUAAACCUCUAAAAUGUUUAUAUAAGUAGGUGGUCAACAAAGGUUGUCUUGGUUAGAAACCUUUACACAAAGGCAGGUCAAAGUUAAAAAAUACCUCUAAAUUAAGCCCAGAAUACAAUAAAUGAUUUCAAAUGUAGUGCAAUAAUCCGAUACUAAUAUUUAAUGUACUGUGUGUAGUAAAUACAAGGAAAGACAUGGGAACUAAUAAAUUAGUGAUAUCUUAAGAUCAUUUUGAAAUUGGUCAUUUCCAUUUCACAAAAGUAUUUUCCAAAAUUAAUAUAUAUUAAUAAUUAAGUAACUCAGAAUUAGUAAUUCUGAGAUAACUUAAUUAGUAAUUCAUAUUGCUCUUCGAAAAUACUUUUAAAUGAAUAUUGAAGAUUAAUUAAGUGAUAAACAAAUAUUUUAAUUUAAACUACAUGUGCAUUGUUGUGUAUGGAGAAGGUAAAGGUCUGUCCUGUGGAUUGUGAUAUUGUGCUUCCUUCCUGUCCAUUGUCAUCCAAACCUUUUAAAUGUUUUUCUGGAAUCCGAGAUGUAGCUACUAGCAUAUCCUAAUUUUACUUGAAUGUUGGAUUAACAGCUGUUGCGUAACGUGGGUUGCCAGCGCCCAGGGCAAGGCAAGUAUUGCGCUCCCUAACAAGUGGACCGUUAGCACUCCCUGAGAUCCUUCCACCAGUCCAUAAUUUUGUGCCUGGGGCAACCGCCCCAGUGGCCCUGCCCACGCUAUGCCACUGAUUAACAGGUGGGUCCAAAUUCAAGUGAUAGGAUUGCUUGGUAAUAUUAUGAAACACUUUGUGUUGUGUAAACACAUUUACGAUGCUACAGUCCUAACUGGACAUGUUGAUUACAGUAAGGCCAGUCUUGUUUUAAAGAUAAUACUCAUUUUUAUUUAGAAGAAAUAUACAUGUAUCUUAAAAACAUCUUCCAUUGUUUUAGUGUAUGCUAUUGCCAGUAUAUAUUGUGUGGUAAUAAUCGUGUAUGUUUUUAAUUUAUUUUAAAUAGUUGUUCUGUUAUUACCUGAUGUAUUUUUAACCUUUAUGUCUUAGCGAGUUAGAAUAUUUAUUAGCUCUUAAGUGUAUGAAGUUUUUGAGGAUGGCUAGAGGUUGAUUGUGACUUUCUGUGACUGUUAUCCUUUUUUUUUUUAAAACAGGCAUCAAUAUAAGUCAGAAUUGUUACCCUGGGGCCUAAUUCACAAAGGUCUCUUAGGCUCUGCUAGACAACAAAGCAUCCUCUUUGCAAGUUUUUUUGCACUGCACUGCGAGAUUGCCAAGUUGCCAGAGUUUAGUGAAUUAGUCCCCUUGUUUCCAAUAGGUUACUACAUGUCAAAGUUAAGAAGGGUAUUUUGUUCUCCACAAUGUCAUAUAAUUAAACAAAAAACACCACCUAAAUAUUUAUCAGUUAUGUUAUUCGAAUAUCAAGAUAAACAUACAAGUAUGAGUACAAUGAGAACACUAAUUAAAUGUCAAUGAAUAACAAAUGAUCAGACCGAGUGUGUCAGAUUUUAUAUUAAUAAUAAUAAUAAUAAAGGUAAAUCUAUUGUAAUCUAUAAGUUACUAGAUUUUAUUAUAUAACAUUUAGUGAAAUAUCUUUAAAAUAUUGGUGAAAUAAAAGUGUUAUCAGUCACUCGGUGACGAUAACACAUUUUAGAGUGAAAAUUUCACUAUUUCACU